AUGAGAGAGAACGUAAUCGGCCAGUCUUAUGCACAAUACGAUUUUACACAUUCACACGCAUUCAUUCCCAAGAAAGACAUUAUAGUCAUAUCGUGUCCUCGUCGUAUACCUCUCAACACUAUAAUCAAUCCUUACAUUAUCAUGAACGCCAACGUCUUAGCUACUGAAACUACCAUUGACCGCUUGCGGUGUGAAAUACCUACGCCACCGCAAAGUACAAUCUUGCAAACUUGUGGCCUAAGUGCCGAAAACUCUGAGAAUUCGGAAAAUAUGCGAGCUGAUACUAAACCAAUGGCCUGCUUUGAAUAUGACGACUUUACAUUCUCCGAAGAUGAUGACGACGAGGACUAUGACGAUUGGGAGGGUGCGGCGACUUUUCCGUCGUUAAACGAAAUCUCUACCAACGAUGGCAAUGACAGCCAUCAAUAG